GUAUGUUCUUUCUGUAUAAAUGUUCUUAGAAAAGAGGUGUCCUCAUUCAUAGCCUGAAACAGCUGUCUUGCUCAGCUGUGCUUCUUGGUGUCUCUUUAGAGUUGCGCUCGUUUCUUUCAUGUGUUAUAAAACUAAACAGAAAGAUGCAGGACCUUCAGAUGAUUAUGUUGCAUGUAGGGGUUGCACUAAAGGCCAUGUCUCAAAGGAACCAUCAGUUCCCUUAGUCAAAUACAGCCAGACUGCACACAACACAGCAUUUGGGCCGUUCAGUUCUUUGGAAGUUUCUCCAUGUAUUAAUGCCUCACGCAUUGGUGCAUAUGACCCUUCUGUACAGACAUCUUUGUGGUAUCCUGGGUCUCUUUUCCAGUGGCAUGCAGUACCUGCAGUGCAUAAGUACUACUACAGUAUUUCCUUGGCUGCACUUAACUACAUUUACAACUACACUACAUUUACUAAUUGUUUACUGCACGAGUAAAUUACAGCUUCGUUUUUUUAAAAGCCUCUCUUCUGUUGUACAGAAUAAGGCUUGGUGGUGUGAACGUGGAGACUGAAUAACUGUAAUGGAGCCUGCCCUAGUAGGUUUGUGCUGUUCUUUUGCCAAUAUUCAGGAUUAUCUGAAGACUUUUUAUGCGAGCUCGAGUUUGUGUCAGAUUUAGAACUCAGCUCUGUAGCUUUGGAUGACUCAGGGAGAAAGAAUUAUUUUCAAAACUCAUUUUGAAACUACAUUUCCAGUAUCUUGAUGGAAAUGCUUGUUUUCUAGGGCGGAAGUGCUGAGAUCUUUGGUGGCUUUAACUGACCCUCGGGAAGGGAAGCUGACUCAGUCUCAAGAGAAAGCAUUGAAAUUGCUGGGCAUUUGGAAAACCAUACAUACAGCCAUUCCUGGGCCUACAUCAAGGACCUCAGUGGAGUGAUAGCUCAAAGAUGGGAGACCAGGAUGAUGAUAAACCCUUCCUGGGCUCUGGGGCUGCCAGUGCUGCAGACUACGAAAGAGCUCAGCCCUCUGACGCAGUGUCGCUCAGCGAUUCUGAUUCUGAUGAUUUGGGGUUAGCAGAUGAAGCAGAAGUUGAUACAAUAUCUCCUGAGGAUCCAUCUGUAGAUGAUGGGGAUUACAGAUCAGGGGACGCUGCUGACCCAUCAGACAGCACCGAGAGAUCUCCUGUUCAGCCGUUCCAUCUGAGGGGCAUGAGUUCUACAUUCUCUCUCCGCAGCCAGAGUAUUUUUGAUUGCUUGGAGGAGGCAGCCAAAUUGUCUGUGCCCUCAAUGUCUGAAGAUAAUGUUGUUGAUGGGAGAUUUAAACGUCCCUUACCUCCAACUACCAUGUCAAGUAAUGUGGUACCAGAAAGCCUUGGAAAGCCAACCAGACCAGUGCAGGCUCCCAGAAUGUCUCCAGCAGUGCCUGACUACGUGGCACACCCAGAGCGCUGGACCAAAUACAGCCUAGAUGGGGUGCCAGAGUCUAGUGACAAGUUUAACAGGGCAGUGGCCAUGGAAUUUCUAGAGGGCUUGAAGAAAAGAGGAGAGGAACAAAGCUCAGCUGCUCAAGAUAGCUACACGCCAUAUUUUAACCAGGACCCUUCCAGCUGUGGAGCUGGGAGGAUUGUAUUCACCAAACCUGCAAAAAGGGGUGUUGAUGGACUAGAAAAGAAAAUAUUGGCAGGAGAGGGUGAUAAGAAACACAUCAAAACAGAUCUGAAAGGAAAGACUGAUGACUUGAGGGAGGAGGAUAAGGUAGAGCUGGGACACUUAGGUGGUGGUAGAAAAGCAACAGAGGAGGAGGAGGGAUGCCUGAUGGCGGAGAACCUGAAUACAGAAGUUGAGCAUGGUGUGGGUGAAGAGCCAUUAGCAGAAAAAGUUGGAUUCCAUUGCAGCAAGAAGAGAAAUAGGAAAAAUUUCCGACCUAAAGUAGAUGACGAAGGAGAGGAGGAAGAGUGAUGGAACAAAUCAGAAACAUGCAAGAAUUGGUAUACUCUUGGAUUCUGUUGUUAUAUAUGCUUGGUUUUGUUGUUACAUAUAUAUAUAUAUAUAUAUAUUUUUAAUCAGGGACCCAUGUGAUACCAUUUUGUUUUAGUAACGGUUUGCUUUAUAGCCACCCAGACCUCUUUCAUUUUUAGAAAUUAAGCUACUAAAAAUACAUUACAGACUUUUUGUUAGUGAGAACUCUGUAGGCGAAGGAUAGUUGCAGUCUCUCAGGAGAGAAUAUAGCUUGCUUUGUUUGCUUGAGCAGCUCCCUGGGGCUUGCUCAAGUCAUCAUGAGCACCAUAGAAAAAGACUGUUAGCUAGAAUGCUGCAAGGCAUCCUCAUUACCCCAGACUUUUCUUAAGUCCUGUAGAAUCCAGGAACAACAGUGAUGAGAUUCUCAUGUAGAGUUGUUUAAACAAUGAAAAUAAAACCAAGUCUUCCACUAGAUUUGAUUUCUCCUGACCUGUCCUUUUUUUGUUCUGUUUGAGAUUGAGAGUACAGCAUGAGAGGGCCCAGGUGGGAACUGGCAAACCAACUAUUUUUUAAUGUAAUUUCAAAAAAAUAACUUACUUACUGUUACAUGGAAAAAAAGAGAUUAAGAAAAUACGAUUUUUCUUGCAGAUGGGCACAACUUUGCAGAACAUUCUAGUAAAGACACACUGAGCAUCACUUCAGCCAAGUCUCUUCAUGUUGAGUGUAGAUCAGUUAACACAACUUCUUUUAGUACUAUGAUGUGUUGAUUUAUUUUUUUGCCUGCAUAUUUGUUUAGCCUUUCCAGAUGGCACUACUUCCACGUUUCUUGGUGUACAUUUGGUGGGAAUCAGGGUGUUUGUAGAACUGGGUGCUUUUUACUUUGGAAUUCAAUAAACUUUCAGUUGUACUUUGA